GACCACUUAGUUAGAUUUCCUAUGUUAUGGUUUUUUUUUUAUAGAAAUUGUUUCAAUUUAAAAUAUUUAUUUAAUGGACAUGGCAAUAGAUUUGUUUAAGUUUGUCAAAUUGGUUUUAAUUUGCUAAACUUUUAUAGUCAAGUUUGGUUAUUUAUUUAAUUUUAGUGUGUUAAAAAUUAGAGUGUAACAUAUCAUCUCUCACGCAGCACAUCAAUGUUUCCCACUUAUCCUAAGAUUAGGCAAUUAACAUCGCAUGUUGAGAUAUUUUGCAGAGAGCAGAUCGCUUUAGUGGAUUUAUUGUUUUCAAUUUUUCUGUUGCAUAGACAUAAGUCUCACUUGGCAGAGAUGAAAAAGGAUAGCACUUGGUGCGGCAAGGGGUCUAGCUUAUUUGCAUGAAAAAUGUGGAAAGAAAAUCAUUCAUCGCGAUGUCAAAGCUGCAAAUAUAUUGUUAGAUCACAACUUUGAAGCAGUCGUUGCUGACUUCAAGUCAGCCAAGUUCAUGGACCACAGCAUGACUCAUAUUACCACAACCGUGGCAGGAACAAUUGGCCAUAUAGCUCCCGAGUACCUUGCCAGUGGUAGGUGUUCGGAUAAAACUGAUGUUUUUGGUUAUGGAGCAUUUCUUCUUGAGCUCAUCACAGGGCACAGAACUGUCGAUCUUCUUGAAGUAGCCGAUGAGGAAGAUAGGAUGUGUGCUGAUUGGGUAAAAAAGAAUUACGAAGAGGGAAGAUGGAAAUCGAUGAUUGAGAAAGAUAGUGGUGGAGGUGAUUUCAUGGACGCAGUGGUGGUGAAGCAGCUGGUGAAAAUAGCUGUUCUCUGCACACAAUACGAUCCCGACAGACGUCCGAGGAUGUCGCAUGUUGUGAGUAUGCUAAAAUGUGGUUGUGGUGUGGCUGAGAGGUCCGACCAGAGGUUCAAAGAAGUGGUCGGAGAAGAAGAGUAUGAUGGCAGCUGUUCUCCUCUGAUAUCAGAAGAACUAUCUGACCCAAGAUGAUCAUGCAAUAUUUCAAGAAUUCAUUGCAAGAAAGUUCACCAUGCUGUGACCUGAUUUUGUUUUGGGACACACUUUAUAAGUUACUUCAAUAGUGAAACUACUUUUCGAUUUGUAGCAAAAUAGGCAGGCUCAAGAUUUUCCAACGAUUGAAAAAUGGACUUAGGCAUGGUUGUUUUCAACGCCAGUGGGAAAUUUGAAGCGUGAAAGAAAAUGCCAAGUCAUAUGUUUCAAUCAUCGGAAAAUUUUGAACUUGCCUAUUAUGUUACAAAUUGAAAAAUUAUGUUAUUAUUGAAAUAAUUUUUAAAAUAAUUGUAAUUUAUCAUCGCAAAA